AUGGACAAUAUAUUCGACUACUCAUGCUAUCGAUUUACCAAACACAGUCUACAAUGUAUCGGCCAUUGGCCGUUUCAAUCGCGGAGGGACAAAAUCUUUCUUAGAUGUUUAACCUUUUUUCUGAUUAGUACUAUAUUAAUACCAAAGAUAAUUAAACUCAUUGAGUCAUUGAAUGAUUUGGACAUGGUCGUUGAGUGUCUACCCAUUAUCGGGUGCUAUAUAGUAGGCAUGAUAAAAUUUUUCAACUGGAUCAUAAUGGAGGAUCAUAUGAAACAGUUGUUACUGACGAUCAAGAGAAAUUGGGAAGAUUUGAACGUUGAAUCUGAACUUGAAGUGCUACACCAGUAUUCAGACCAAUCACGACGUUUGAAUAUAGCUUAUACAACAUGCUGCUACUCGGUUCUCCUCUUUUAUUUCUGUUCACCUGCGGUUCCGAAAAUUUUGGAUAUAAUAAAACCGCUAAAUGGAAGUCGUCCUCGGAUACCUCUCUAUCACACAGAAUUCUUCAUUGAUCAAGACAAAUAUUACGUGCAUCUAUUGAUUCAUGCUUAUCUGACAGUACCUGUUGGGCUGUCAUACGCCGUUUUUUUCGAUAAUUUGUUUGCAACUCUGAUCCAUCACGCCUGUGGAAUGAUUGAAAUUUUGAAAUUACGUCUGGAAGCAUUACAUAUCAAGAAUACCACGCAAGGCCCAAUAAAAUUUGAGAUAGUAAUGAAUCGGAUAAGGACAUCCUCGGACCUUCAAACUGAAAUUUUCAAGUUCAUUGAAAAACUAGAGGCCGCAUAUAGCUUUGCCCUUUUGAUCAUUGUCGCAGUUAAUAUGAUAUUGAUCAUUACUGCUGGGGUAGCAGCUGUCGUCAAAAUGUCUCAUCCAAAUGAAAUGAUCAGGGUUACAAUUGUCAACAUGUGUGCUCUUACGCAUCUGUUUUGGAGUAGUUGGUUAGGACAUAAUCUCAUAGUGCACAGCGAACAUAUCUUUCUAUCAACGUUAAGCAAAUGGUACCUUUCGCCGAGUCCAUUACAAUCAAUCCUCAUCCCCAUUAUGGUGAGGAGUAUGAAACCCUGUCGACUAACGGCAGGAAAAUUAUACACAAUGUCGAUGGAAAGCUUCGGAGCGAUGGUGAAAACAAUCAUGUCUUUCAUGACGGUUUUAAAUUCUAUGCGAUGA